AGCUCAAAACAUUUCGUUCCUAUGAGCCUCACAUCUCAGCAUGUCGUGAUAACCGGUCAUAUUAUUAUCCGGCUAAAUCUGACAAAAGAUGACGGGGAUUUUGAACAAACUUCUGAUCUCUUAUGCCUUAUCAUUCAUAUUGUAUAAUAAUAAUAAUAAUAAUGUCUUAAAGUUUUCGUCUGUGGCUGCACAAGAGAAUGACGAGUCGCUGGAGCUCAUGCUGUCAGACGAAGCGGUGUCCGACUUGGAGAACAGCCCCAAGUUUGUGGAGUCAGAGGACCUGGACUCUCUGCCCAAGAGGCAGUUCAAGACAGCUGAGAUUGCAGAUGCUGUGAUGGGAACCGAAGCCCCCAUCGAUCCGUCUGACAUCGAGUCGCUCUUCCCCAAAAAUGUGAAAGACUUCCAGUCGGGCUUCUCCCCGCCUUGUGAUGAGAACAGCGCCCAGUGUGGUUCCCCUGCUCUGUCUGCUGUAGGGCUGUCACUGGAGGAUAGCAGCUCCGAAUCAUCACAGCAGGUCACUCUUGAAAUAGUGCAUGCGGACAUGCCAACUGAGGAGCAGAACGCCACAGAGACCGCCAAGACGUACAAGGUGAACUGUGAUAAGAGGAACGUCACAGGAAUGGACAACUUUACUGUGCAGGUCCUGAACGCUUCACAGGACCUGAUGGAGUUCCUGAAUGCUAACAGCACAGAGUGCUCCGUGGUGCUGUUCUUCACAGCCUGGUGCCAGUUCUCAGCCAGUCUGGCACCUCACUUCAACGCCCUGCCCCGAGUCUUUCCCAGCAUGCACUUCCUGGCACUGGAUGCCUCGCAGCACAGCAGCCUCUCCACGAGGUUUGGGACCGUGGCAGUGCCCAACAUCCUGUUGUUCCAGGGGGCCAAACCCAUGGCUCGCUUCAACCACACUGACAGAACACUGGAGACGCUCACCUCCUUCAUCGCUAACCAGACAGGGUUUGACGCCGGAUCAGACAGAACGGUGAUGGACGAAGACCGUGUCGGCCCCCUCCCCAGCGUCCCGGUGAAGAGCAUCGACUGGCUGCUGGUCUUCUCUAUCCUCUUCAUCACAGGCUUCACUAUCUACGCCAUCCUGCGGACAGACAGCAUCCGCUGGCUCAUACCGGGACAGGAGCAUGAGCAUCAGGACUGAAAACACACACAGGAUGUAAACAAUUAUUUGAUUUAGUUUUUUUUUUUUUUUAAAUUAACUAAUUUGUUAUGCUUCAAGUGUUUUGAUGGAUAACAAUUAAUUUAUGUGAGCCAUUGCGAUUUAUAAUAAAGAUUAUAAUGACUUGUAGCUGUUAACACUUCGGUGCUUGUGGCUAAGCAAAGUCAAAGCUA